ACACAGCCCGUGACACGCAAUUUUAUUGGGACCGAUGCGAUUUUAUGCUAAUACUGAAACGCAAUAUACAUGCGAUGUUUCCGGCAAAGAAACUGAAAAGCAAGUCUAGAUAUUCGUAACAUCUGGUGAAACCAGUUCAUGGCGGUGAUUGUAACGCAUCUCGAUCUGCCCUAGUUUCAGGCGCGCAUUAAUUAAUGCCUCCUGCACGUACAAAGAUGUCCAAGGCGGCGUUAGCUUCAUUAAUAAUCCCAGUGCGACAAUUCGUUCUGUGUUUUUUAUUUAAUGUUACAGUCUUACGGAGAUUUUUACUGGAGUAAGCUCUCUCAGCUUAAGUAUAAAAGGGGCUUCCGGACCGAUAACAUUCAGCAGUUGGACUUUCUCAAACUCUCAUCUUUCACCAUGACUGGACUUCGUGCCUGUCUUCUUCUGGCUCUGGCCAGCAGCGCCCUUGCUGGUCAAAUCCAUGGUGGCCUUAGUCACGGCAUCGUCGGCACUGGCGUUGUCAGCUCUGGUCUCGGCUACUCCGGCCUUGGCCACUCCGGUCUCGGCUACGCUGGCUACGGUGGCUACGGCUACGGUUCCGGCCUUGGCUACGGCGCCGGCCUCGGCUACGGCCACGCCGUCGGUUUUGGCAACGGCUUUGGCUAUUCUGGUCUGACCGGCUACACUGUUGCUGCUCCCGCCGUGAGCCGUACCGUGUCCACCUACCACGCCGCUCCAGCCGUCGCCACCUACCACGCUGCUCCAGCUGUCGCCACCUACCACGCUGCUCCAGCCGUCGCCACCUACCAUGCUGCUCCAGCUGUUGCCACCUAUGCCGUUGCCCCAGCUGUCACCAGGGUCGCUAGCUACCAGCCAGCUGUCGCCCGUGUCGCUACCUACCACGCUGCUCCAGCAGUCACCCGUGUCGCUACCUACCGGGCCGCUCCAGCUGUUACUACCUACGCCGCUGCUCCAGUUGUCACCUCCGGCUUCGGCGUCUCCGGAGUCGGCCACUCCGGGCUCGGCUACUCUGGCUACGGUGGCUACGGUGGCUACGGUGGCUACGGUUAUGGUUCCGGCUACGGCUAUGGUUCCGGCUUCGGUUAUGGAAACGCCGUCGGCUUUGGUAACGGCUUUGGCUACUCUGGUCUGACCGGUUACACUAUUGCUGCUCCGGCAGUGAGGCGUACCGUGUCCACCUACCACGCCGCCCCGGCCGUCGCCACCUACCACGCUGCUCCAGCUGUCGCCACCUACCACGCUGCUCCAGCUGUCGCCACCUACCACGCCGCUCCAGCCGUGACUAGGGUUGACACCGUCCACGCUGCUCCAGCUGUGGCCAGCUACCAGACCUACCAUGCUCCCGCUGUUGCCACUGUGGCCCAUGCCCCAGCUGUCGCCACCUACCAGACCGUCCACGCUGUCCCAGCCAUUGCCACUUACGCCCACGCUGCUCCAGUCUACGGAUACGGCAUUGGAUCCCUCGGCUACGGUGCUGGCCACUACGGCUACGGACAUGGUCUUGGAAGCUACGGCCUGAACUACGGCUAUGGCCUUGGCACCUAUGGCGACUACGCCACCCUCCUCCGCAAGAAGAAGUAAACGCAUUCACGGAACCAACUUUUACAAGGCAAAGUCACUGGCGUGUUGACUUAAUAUCUGAACUACCAAGUGCAAUAAAUAUUUUUGUGAUAAACGACGAA